GUUUUGUAUUUUUUUCCACUCAUGGAUCCUAUACGAUCACCAUCUGAUUCAAGCGAGGAUGAACAUGACUUUCAGAAACCCAUCGUGAUUCCUUUUGACAACCUUAAUUCAAGAAAAAGACAUCAUGCUGAAGUAGACACAAGUAAUGAUCUAGAAGAAGAAGAAGCAGAUCAUGAAGUAGACAUUUGCACCCUCUGUCAAACGUCAUGGACCAAUGGAGGAUUUCAUCGUAUAGUCAACUUAAAGUGUGGACAUGUGUUUGGCAAGAGUUGUAUUAGUACGCAUAUACGUGAUAUGCUAUCGAAAUUUGGUGCUGCUUGUUGUCCUAUAUGCAAAAAACCUGCUGUAAAGUCAGAACCAAGACAUAUUUGGCCAACAAAAUUGAUACCCGAGAACCAAGAAGAUCUAAAAUCACUUAAAUCACAAAUAGAAGAAGCCAGCAAGACACUCAAAGAUCUUGUACAGAAAAAUGCUAUUUUGAAAGGCGAGAUUGAAAAAUGUAAACUAGAAUUAAAUUCACUUGUGCCUGAAAAUGGCAUACAGCACACCACUAGACCACUUGCACCUCCACCCAGUAUACCACAACAACAAGAUAAACUGAUAUACAAGUACAAAGUUAAAUUUCCAAAUGAACAUUAUCAAGUUGUAGAUUUGAAUCCCUUUAUGGACAUGGUUGUCCUUGCUACACAUAAGACUCGAAGUAAUACAUAUGGACUACGAAAAAUCAAUGUCUAUGAUCCUUCAUUAACUGAAUUUGUGUCUAUAAACCAUCGAGACAGAAUACGGGAUAUAAAGCAUUCACCGCAAGCCAUGAUUCUUUCCACAGGCGAUGACAAGACACUUAAACUGACCUCAAUGACUAAAAACUUGGUUGUGCAAUCCUAUAGACUUAGCACACCUUGUUAUUCAUGCGCAUUUGAUAGCAAAACAAGCCAUACGCUUUAUUGUGGUUCAGUGACCGGUGAUUUAAUGGUAUUUGACAUACGUAACACAAAGAGUAGUUUGCAUGUGUUAAAAAAGCCUAUGGGAGGAACUGUUACACCAAUCACCUCAAUUCACUCAACAUUAGAUGCUAUUGUCUGUGCAGAUGAACAGAGCAUCUAUAGUUGGCAGCUUGGAUCAGAUGGUCAGUACGCCUAUUGUCCCUUAGAACACAAUCCACAGUUAUUUUCAGCGAGUUUCUAUGGUAACACGGUCUGUACGGCAGCCAAAGACAAUAACAGUAAGAUUUACAUGAGUCAUUUGAAUGCUUCCCCUGCUUUAAUCAAUGUCUUGGACUGGUCUUGUGAAAUGAUGUUUGAUUCUUUUAAAUGCUCUCAUUUUGAAAAAGGAAGUACUAUUUAUAUCUGUUCUACAAAAGAUAAUUGGGUGCAUUUAAGAGAUAAGGAACAAGACAUUCAAACUGUGCAAUGCGAUGCCCCUAUUAUUGAUAUCAAACAUACAAGUAUUCAACAAGAUCAAUUUACUGCCAUAUUGUCAGAAAAAGAGUUGCAAAUGUACAAAUUUAUUUAAAAUUCAUUAUGUAUAUCCAAUCAAGUCAAUUGAAUGCCUGAAUACAAACUGGGUUUAUUGUGUAUGUGUCACUUAUAAGUGCAACUUGAGAC